AUGGCGCGGCUGCCGCUGUCGCCAUCUCCACCGGCUUUCACCCCCGUCAAGGAAGAGCCCGACGUCGGCACCACCGCUGCCGCUCGCACUUCGCGCCCACCGCCCCGCAAGAAGCGCCGCCGGGACCACCUUCCGGUAACCCCAAGCCAGCCGCUGCUCACGCCCCAAACUAUUCUGUCCGGGAUUUCGAAAACCGAUUCCUUCGAUGUCAAGCGGUGCGGGGAGCUGGACCUAACGCCGAUGACCGUGCCCACCUCCAUAAAGAGCGAGCCUGACGCCGACGACGGGGCUGGCAAGAAUGCAGGAGGGGAAACAUUGCGCGCACAACCGCACAAGAAGCGCAGCCGGCACUGCCUGCCGGCAACCCCAAUCCAGCAGCCCCUUUUCACUCCCCAAGCUACCCCGCCGGGCAUUUCAAGGGCCGAUUCCUCUGUGGAUAAGUGGAGCGAGCAGCCCAGCGCAACGCCGACUACCACUGUCAAGCGUGAGCUCGAUGCAGACGCUGGCAAGGACACGGGAGGGAAGGUGGUCCGGAGACGACGCCCCUACCCUCAGAGGCCCAUUACAGAGCAAGCCCCCACCAUGUGGGCUAAUCGUGGACGCCUUGGCCGUCUCCUCCACAGUCAUGUUCGCACGCACCAAUGGCGAGAUGCUGCAGGGGUCUUCUCCGUGCUCCUACCUGGCAUCCAGCGCCCUGACUCCUUCGAGGAGGUCCGCAGCAUUUUAGUGGAUGCGAUGGAUAUUCAUAGACGCCUUGCUCAGGAUAGUGGCAACCAUGGGAGGAGAACCUACUACCACCGGACGCAGAAGGUUUUUGAUGUUUGGAUACAACGGCUAAUGUGGUUGCCUACUUCUGCAAAAAAACACAUGGUUAAACUCGAACUGGCUCUAUUUUAUCUUUCACAAGGCAAGAUCGACGAUGCACACAAUGCAACAAGAGUCCUCAUCGCGAAGGACGGACUACAGAAGGAACCAACUCUAAAUCUGAUACAUGGCUUGAUAUCAUAUGAUAAAUGGUACUCUGGCUUGCCCAAAGAUAUGCAACUUGAGAGAUUUGAUGUGUACAAUGAAUCAUGCAAAAUUUCUAUGUCAUCCAAUACCUGUGGAGAAAAUGGUCUUCAGGAUAGUUCAGAUGACAAUUGCAGCAUUGAUGUUGAUGAUGCCAGUUUUCCUGCUUGCUCUUCAGAAAGUUCUAUCAAUAAUGGGAAUAUAGACAAAAAAUGCAAGAUUCCCAAGAAAUCUCGUUCUGUUUAUCCUGUUAAGGAAAACGAUUCAGUAGAUUCACAAGUGAAAGAGGAAGUGGUUUCUGCAGAUUUUCGAAGCGUAUUUUUUAAUACCUCUGAUGCCCCUACCUGUGGGUUGGAACAAAGCUUGUUGCCACUACGUCUAAAGCAUGCUGCUGGGACUUCAAGUGAUUGCUUUGAUUCGUACUGGAAGUACAAGUCAACACCUAAUGCCUUCUACGCAGAUGCAGAAAGAUGUCUAAAAGUGGCUCUUCAUUCGUCACCACCAGUAAUGGCAGCCUUAUUGCCAUUAAUACAGAUUCUCCUGCUUGGUGAUAAACUGAAAGAUGCACUUUGUGAACUUGAGAAGACCUGCCGCAGUUCUACUACAGCGCUUCCUUUCAGAUUGCGAGGCAGACUGCUAGAGUAUUUUGACCAAAAUCAAGUAUCAACUAUAUCUUCUUGCUAUGAGGAAGCUUUGCAGAGAGAUCCUACAUGUAGCUACUCGGUUGAGAGGCUAACUGAAAUGCACAGAAAAGGAUAUUAUAAUACCACCCGACUACUUGAGAGAAUUGUUUUGCAUCUAGACUGUGUGAACGGGAAGCCUUCCAUCUGGGAGGAGCUUGUAUCAUGCUUGCUUCGGCUUUUUUCUGAUCGUACUACUGACUACGAGGAUUGUAUUUCAUGUAAUGUUGAAGGAGAUGCAUCGAUUGAUGCUUUUAGUAGUCUUUCUUCAGUCUUCUUUGAGCAACAUACGAGGGAAUCAUGGAAGCACCGAUGCAAAUGGUGGAUGAACCGUCAUUUCAGCCAAAACAUCUAUAUGUCAGAAACUGCAAAAGGUGAUUGCAAGCUCCUCGCUUCCAAGGCAUCUUGUGCUUCUCACAUGCUUGGGCCUGGAUUCCCAUAUGUCAAAGCAGCCAAGAGCUAUCUUUCCAAGCAAGAGGCUAAGCAUGAAUCCGGAUUCUUGUCCAGUAACAUGGAAAAUUCUGUCAAGUUAUUACAAAGUUUGGAGAAACUAAUGUGA